AUGCAGACGAACAUCUCCGACACUCGCACUUCCAUCCCAGCGCGACGAUCUUCGUUUUUUAUCGAGAAUCUGCUCGCGUCCGACCGGACUGGAUCUCCUGUCAGUCCAGCCAGGGACAUUCGGGAAGAAGAGGGACACCAGGAGACAGAAUCUCCGACUUUACCAAGCCAUCAUGAAGCAUCCAGUCCGGUGAUCAGCGCGUCUUCAGUCUGGUACAGAAGGAACUCUGUGAACCUCGGUGCUUCCUUAGAGAGUUCGAGAGAUGAAACCCGCAGUUCGGAUGAACACUUGGACUCGGUCUGCAGUGACAGGGAUUCCCCGACUGUGCGUGAAACCCCACGCAGAACCUCGGAGGAAAACACAUCUGUGCGCAAAAAGAAAACCAGGACCGUGUUCAGCAGGAGCCAAGUGUUCCAGCUCGAAUCCACGUUCGACGUGAAGCGCUACCUGAGCAGCUCGGAACGCGCCGGUCUCGCCGCCUCGCUGCACCUGACAGAAACGCAGGUGAAGAUCUGGUUCCAGAACCGGAGGAAUAAGUGGAAGAGGCAGCUGGCGGCGGAUCUGGAGGCCGCCAGUGUUUCCCAUUCAUCCCAGCGGAUCGUGCGUGUUCCAAUUUUAUAUCACGAAAGCGCCGCGCUGGGUCUCAGUGCGCCCGGAGUCUUUACGAGCUCAGUGAGCUACCCACUCACAACCUUCACCCACUCCGUGAAUUUACUCACAUCACAACUGACAGGACUUGUCUAA